UGCGCGUGUUUAUCUAUUACAUUACCAGAAAGAAAGGACGAACCCGCUGAUAUACUCUGACGCGUGUCAAGCGACGUCAACGUUGCAAAUUCCACGAUUCGCCAGCGAUUUCGCGCACGAAUUGACAGCGUGAAGGACGGCAUGGAUCUGUUAAGUCUAACCAUCCUGGAGCUGCGUGACACCAAACCGUCGCAGGAGGACUUCCUCGAGCUGGAGGAGCAGAGCAACGAGAGCGAAGAGGGUUCGUCGAAGCUGAGGAGGCCGAAGCACGACAAGGAAGAGACGAAAUCGUGCAGCAAAGAGUCCGAGCAGUUGAGGAUGAUCAAUCUAGACGAGGUAGCUUGGCACGACACCGUUGACAACUGUUGGGUCGUGAUCCACGACUACGUCUACGACUGCACGGAUUUCUUGAAGACUCAUCCAGGUGGGUCCGACGUGAUACUCGAGUACGCUGGCAGGGACGCGACAUUGGCCUUCAUCGGAACCGGACACUCCCCCAUGGCGAAGCAGAGCUUGCAGGUGUACCUCAUAGGCGAGCUUCCGCCGGAAGAGAGGAUCUUCCGCGUGCCCAAUGGACUGAAAGUGACAGGAUUUUGACACCUUACUGACAGCUCUUACCACAUUGCGUACCGCUCACGAGUUUUCCUGUGUUUUGCGCGCCAUCUGUUGUAAAUGUAGAUGUCAUAAAUGUCGGAUCUCAUUAUAGAUGUAGAUGUUGUAGAUGGAUGUAGAUGAUAGUUACUAGAUGUCAACAUACUGUCUUGACACCUUAUUGACAGCUUUUAACACGUUGCGUACCGCUCACGAGUUUUUUGAGCGCUAUCUGUUAUAAAUGUAGAUGUCAUAGAUAUCAGAUGUCAUUAUAGAUGUAGAUGUUACAGAUAGAUGCAGAUGAUAGUUACUAGAUGUUAACAUACUGUCUUGAUACCUUAUUGACAGCUCCUAACACGUUGCAUACCGCUCACGAGUUUUUCACGCGCCAUCUGUCAUAGAUCUAGAUGUCAUAAAUGUCAGAUGUCAUUAUGGAUGUUAUAAAUAGAUGUAAAUGAUAAUUAUUAGAUGUCAACAUACUUUCUUGUCAAAACAUGUAGUCCCUGGCGUAUGUCUUAGAGAUUUCUAUGCGGUACGCGAUGUGAUAAGUAAAAGACUGUUCCUCUCGAGUCAUCAACGCCUGAAGAUGCUUCUGAAAUAAUAAAAUUCGACUGUAAUUAGGCAAACAAAUAGAGUGGGUCAAAGUUCGAGUGGAAUUUGAGAUUACCUGGUGUUAGGUUAGAUUUACAACGGAUUCCUUCCGUGUCACUGCUGUUCCUUUAUGCACCUUGCGAGCAAAUGGCACGAAGGGAACGGAAUUUCGUGCUCUUUUGGAUCCCCGAUAUCCGUAGGUAUUUGAGAUGGAAAUAUUUCUCGCGAUAUUUCUUUUCCGAAACAUCGCAGCGUUGGUUACCUCGUGCACCGCGAUGGUGGCGCUGCACCGAGUGUACGAACUACUGACGGAAGGUGCAUCUGAAAGUUACACAUUCGAAGAAGUCGAAUAUCUGAACGAUUGUAAUUAAUUUCGCGGUUUUCACAGAGAAGAUAUUUUACCCGUGAGAGCACGAAAUUCUUUCCACAACGACUUUUACGUCCGAUACGUCAUGCACCGAUGUAUUACGUUAGGUAUAUCGAGUUUCUUCUCUUCUUAUAGCGAUAAAGCGUAACGUUAGGUGGAAUCGCUUGCUCAAUUAAUUAAUUACUAUCUUUGUUUACUUUCGCAUAUCUAUACGGCAAAAAUAAGCGCAAUAAUCGAUGAUUAAUGAAAUCCGCCAUGUGAUCGAGGAAUAGAUAUAUUUAUCUAUCGAGGAAAAGAAAUUAUCGAAUAUUCAAGGAAUUUUUUAUCGAAACUGAAAUAUUUCGUACUUCGCGUAAAUGUGAAAUAAAUAUCGCGAUAUAAUUGUUUCUCUGGAAAUAUUUUUUGGUAUUCCCGACCUGGUACGUGAUAUCUUUUUAAUUCGUAUGCAAGCCCAUAACGGAAAUCGAAGUUCGAUAUUCCGAAUAUUUUCCAUUAAAUAUUUAACGUCCUCCUAACUUUUUUAUUGCCUCUGCUAGCGAGGUACGAACGGAGAGUUAAAUAACCAAUUCGUCAAAUAGUACGUGUGAAUUA